ACCGAUCAAGAAGUACUGACGAGAUCAUUGUACACUGUCAAAAGUGUGCUGCCGAUUCACCGAUUACGCUGGUCCAAGUGGUCAAGAUACUUUCGUUGGCCUCCGUCGGUCCCUGCUUCCUCUCCUCGAACGAGGACCAUACCAUCCAGCGGCCGAUUGGAACAAUGCUCAUCCGCAGAGGGAAAGAGGAGGGCUGGCUGAAUUGGAGUCUCGAAGCUACGCACCAAUGGGCGAGAUCGAGCGGCAUCAAAUUCACCAACGCCACGCCUGCUAUCGUCCCGGGACGAGGCAUUGGACUACUGGCCGACCAUGAUCUUUCCUCGCCGCCUUCGAGCCAGAUGCCGCUGGAAGUUCUUGCGAUAGCAGAGGAUCUUGUACUCUCCUUGGAGACGAUAAAACAACACGCACUGUUCGACCGCGAUUUCCGGGAAGUGCUUGAGAGUCUGGGCCAAUUUGGUACGACUCCUCGCGGAGCCAUUCUUACCUUUCUUUUGUUCAACGCCACCAUCUCCUGCCCACAUCUUUCAGAAAAAGUUGGAGUUCACAGCGCAUUCACCGACUACGUCAAAACACUUCCGUGCGAGCAUCUACCGACCUUCUGGACUCCGGAUGAGCUGAGUCUACUUGCUGGAACCACACUAGCUCCAGCCAUAUCUGCAAAGCUGAAGAGUCUCCGGCGAGAGUACGACCUACUCUGCAGCUCGACAGGAACUCGAUGGUACAAAAUCGUGCAGCAGCACAUAAGCUUCGACGACUGGUUGCAGGUCGACGCCUUCUUCCGCUCCCGUGCUCUGGACUUCCAUGGCAACUGCAUGAUCCCUGGUAUGGAUUUGGCCAGCCAUGCUGCUGGCGAGGAUACCAACACAUUCUACGAUCGUCAAGAUGGCAAAUAUAUCUUGUGGCUCAUGAAGGGCAAGGAAGUGAAGAAAGGUCAAGAAAUUACCAUAACUUAUGGCGACGAGAUGUUGUUCUCGUAUGGCUUCAUAGACCAAGACAUGGAGUCCGCGGAGACACUAUUCCUCAGCCUGGCUAUUCCCGACGAGGACCCUUCCAAGAUCUCGAAAAUCAAGUUCGCGGACUGUGCCCCUGGGUUCAAAAUCAUCGAUACGAGUGACCAACCUGCCGUGGGAAGCGAGACUCACGAGUCCAGGAGCGGUGACAUCGACUGGACCGGUGACUUCAUCUGGUUGCUCUGCGUCGGUCACGAAGAUGGUUUCCAACUCCAGCUCGCACGGACAGUCGACGGAGCAGAAGAAGUGGAAGCGACAUUCCAAGGAGAAACGCUUUCUGAUGCUCGCGAUUUGCGCCGAAAACUGUCCCAGUCCUCUCUCUGGGAUGUAUAUCGCCUUCGAGCUGUCGUGAUCCUCCAACAGCGUGUAUACGACCAAUUACAAGUCUUGUAUGGCACGCAGGAAGGCAUUGAGAGCCUUCCACGAGGUGAUACCACCAACAUUGGCGAGCCGCAGUACGAGCUUGCGACGAAGCUGCGCCGUCUUGAGUUUGGGCUGUUGGAAACAGCAUAUGAGGAUUUCGAACGGCAGAAAUUGGAGCUCGCAGAAUCAGCUGUGGUCAAGGAUUACCUUGCAGGUGACAUCUGA